CGCUCGAGGAGGUACUGCAGCCUUUAGAGCGCGUGUUUAAUUCACAGACCGUCUGUAGCGAACCGCGCGCGCUUUAAUCACAGACCCCGGGGAGAUCAUGUGACAUGUGAAGUGACGUGUUUAUGUGGGAGGAGCUCAGGUGUUUAUACUGCAUGUGUGUGUGUGUGUGUGUGUGUGUGUGUUACAGGGCAGAAGGCUGUGAGUGUGAGGAUGGAGCAGGCUUUACACCCUGAGACACAGCAGAUGCUGAGAGCAGCACUGACAGACCCCAGCACGGUGGACUUGGUGAAGUUGUGUGAUCUGAUCGUGGACCAGGCUCUGAUGGACUCGUCCCUGUGCAGAGACGCAGGACACAUCUGCUGUAGUUUAGUGCAGGUGGAGGCGAAGCGGAGCAAUACGAGUGUAUUUAGGAGGAGCGUGCUGACUCGACUGCAGCAGGAGUUCACCAGACGAGAGGAGACGCGGCGGAGAUCGCUGCACGAGUGGGUGUGUGUCGUCUCGCUCCUCAGUAACAUCUUCGACAGUCUCAAGGUGAAUAACAGCCCGAUGGCUGCGCUGGUGGAGCCGGUGUAUGACUGUUUGUUCAGACUGGCUCAGCCUGACGCUCUGGUUAAUGAGGUGGAGGUGGACUGCUUGGCGCUACAGUUACACCGCGUCGGCGAGCAGCUGGAGAAGCAGAACCCCAGGCGGAUGGACGAGCUCUUCUUCCUCCUGAGAGACGGGUUCCUGCAGGAGGAGCUGAGCUCCAUGAGCCGCCUGCUGCUGCUCGAGCUGCUCGAGUCCCGCGCCGCGGGCUGGAGCCUGAGUGCUAACGCUCAGCGCUACUACUACAGCGAGGUGGUGGAGUGAGGAACGGCAGGAGCUCGGCUCUGAAGCUCAGAAGAAGAUCAAGGAGGAAGGAGAUGGAGGGGUUCAUCCUGCUGCCUGGACUGGAUGGAGAUGUUGGUGUUGUGUGUGUGUGUGUGUGUGUGUGUGUGUGUGUGUGUGUGAUGUGGACCUCGACACUGAUGGUGUGGUUCUGAUCUGCGUCCUGGAGACGCUCCACUCUACGUCUCCUCUCACACCUCACUGUGGGACUCCUGUUGAUUUGUGUUAAAUCUUUAUACUGAAGUGUUUUUCUCCUUCUGAAGUGUUUAUACUGUGACACACUGAUCACCAGCAGCACUGACACACCGACUGUCACUCAGACUCAACGUCAAACUGCCGUUUUAUUGGACAAACUUUUUCAACAACAAGUUUUUCUACAUUUGUAAUGUUUAAAAUAAACACAUUCCUGUUUACUAUCAAA